CCAGAGAAAUGUCAGAACCACGCAGAAGAGAGUUUAAAAAAAAUAGUAGUAGCAGUUUCUUGUGAAUUUCAGCCCAAAACAAUGGAUUGUGGCUCCAGUGCACUGUGCGAGAGGAUCAUCAAUGAGAUAGAUGCAGUCUUCACGCGAGAUCCUAGUCUGUCCACAUUUGAGGUGAUUCCGAUGCCUUCCAAUCAGAACAAAUCCCCCGUCAUCCAUGUGGAGCACAACCUGGGACUGGAGUCGUGGUGCAUCAAGCACAUCUACGAUUACUGCCACCGUGUCAUCCUGGAUUCCCGCCUUUCCGGGCACAGCAGUAAGCACAGUGGGGGUGGUAGCACAGCACCUCUAAAAUACCUCACAACGGCCAUCCUCAUCAAUCCGGAUGUGGCGGUUUUCUGGAAUAUGCGACGGAACCUCGUGAGGCAGUGCAAACUGAAGACGGAUGGGGAGUUUCACUUUUCUGCCCUUGUCCUCUCCAAGAAGCCCAAAUCCAGCGAAGCCUUUGCCUAUCGUCGGUGGUUGUACUCCUUCGAGAGCAGAGAAUCAAUUGAUUUGGCAUUCGAGAUUAGCUUGUGUGAGCGCUGUGCAGAUAGAAACUCGAGCAACUACCACGCAUGGAGCCAUAGGCUGUGGGUGUUGGAUCAGGAGCCGCGUUUCCUGCACUUUGAAAUUUAUCUCACAGAAAAGUUCAUCCGGCGCCACAUUAGUGACUACAGUGCGUACCACCAUCGUGUGGUUGUGCUGCGGAAACUCCUGCAGGUGGGCGAGGUGGAGAGCGAGGAGAAUAGCGAUUACUCCUCCCUCUGCGACUUGAUCGACUGCCUCCUUGGCGCGGGGGUGGCUGUGGGUAAGACGCCGAGUGAGCUCCUCAUUGUACUCCUGCCCAAUGCUCCGGCCACAACGUGCCUCACCUGGGGUGCCAAUAAGCAGUUCAAGUCCCUUCUGCACUGCCUCAAUCUGGCGGCGUAUGACCUGCAGCUGACGGAAGAGCUGCGAGAGACCUUUGGCGAGAGGGAGGCUUUUGAACUCCAUCGGAGGGCGACUGUUCUCUUCAUUUUUGAGACCUGCCGGCUCUUUGAUGGUUCCUUUGCGGUGCACGACGGUUUGGCCAUGGGGAUGAAUAAUUGCCACUCCCCGCCCGCCACAAAGGCAUCCAGGCGAGAAAAUCGGUUCCUCGACACCCUCCGACUGAGGGAGGCUCAGCGCAGUGAAGCCACCCGGAAGUGGUGUCAACUAUUCUUAGAAUUUCCCUGUGAUGGUUGACAAGAUGUGUGCGUGUUUUAAAAGCACCACCACCGUUGCUUUCUUCAAAGUUCUCUUAAUUAUAAAAAAAAAGAAAAUAUUUCCCCGUUCAAAGGUAGGCAAACAUCUCCUUAUUCCUUCUUCUCCUUUUUAAAUGUUAUUUAAUUUUCCUUUUAAAAAUGUUUCAUUCAAAGUACAAAAAAAAUCUAUGACGCAUCUCGAAACAAAACUCCCAUCUCCACCCUUCAAUGGAAGGAGGGGGUGGGUGCACAAAUAUAUUAUCCAAAAUGACUAAACAUAGAAUUCUUAUGCUAAAUAAAAUACUCAAAACUCAUAAAGAAAAGCUACAGAAACUUUAAACACGUACAUAGACAAAUAUUUAACUAAAUGUUACCAAUUUUAUCGUAAAAUAAUAUUUUUUCACAUAAAAAAAAUUAUUAAAUGAAUAAAUAGAGCAAAAGAAUCAACAGAGGUGCCCCCAAUGCAAAGCACAGGGCAAUGCUCGUCGUAAGUCCCUCCAAGAUGAAAGAAUAAUUUUAUGUAGGUAAAAUACAAUAAGUUUGCGAUAAGAAUCCAGCAGAGUGGAGGAUUAAUCUAUUUAUCUUACUUCCCAUGCAUGUGGAUUAAAGUCUGAAAGAGAGCUUUUGUAGAGGAAGAUGCUUUCACGAGGCUUUGGCUAUAAUGUCUAAAUAAAUAUUAUUUUACUUCAUUAAAAUGUUGCGGAAAUUAAAAAAAAAAUCUUCAGUUUUAUUUUUAAAAAGUUUCUGAUUUAUUUUUGAAGAAUUUUAUUACUGAAAUUCUAAUAGAAAAAUCACGGAUUUCUUUUUUCAAAAAUGAGGAAAGAAUUAGAACUUUUUAAAAUUUCUAUAGAUUAUUUUUCACAAGAAAAACAUUUAAACAAAAGUAGAAAUUCAAAGAUUUUCUACAAUUUCAUUUAUUUAUUUUUUUAUUUAUAAAAAAGUUUUUUAAAGAAUUUGUCUAUUUUUCUAAGAAAAAAAUAAACGCGAAAAGAUCGUUAUAAAUUCAAAAUUAUUAAUUUAAUUACAGAAUUGAAUAAUUGAUAAAAUUAAUAAUUGAUCUCAAAGAAAGUUUAAAAAAAUAGAAUUUAUACCCAAAGCUGUAGAAUUUCUUGGGCAUGAGUUCAAAGACUUAGAAUUGCUUAAAAUGCGGAGAAUAGAUAAUCAAAAUUUCUGAGUUUUCUUAAUAUUUUAGAACAAUUCGUAAUAUUUUGAAAAAUAUUCAAAAAUAUUGAAUUUUCUGAAAAAAUCGUAUAAAAAAAAAUAAAAUUUGACAUUGAACUUGAAGUUCGAAGCUUAUUCGAUUAUUCGAAUAAUCGAAGCAUUUUAAAAACGAAGCAGUUCUUUUGCAGUGCUUCGAAUACGCUUCGAUGCUUCGAAUCACCGAAGCUUCGAUGUUCAGACCGAAAGUCCGAGCCCUUCAUUGAAGCCUCUUCCGGAUUAAUUAGAGCAAUCAAUAAUGGCUAUGAAAUUAAAAUUAUUUAAAAUUGAAAGCCAAAGGACAAAUUUUUAAAAUAAUUUAUCAAUUAGUUUUUGGCUAACACCUUGAUUAAAAAAAAAUUUCAAGACAUCUUAAUUGGGAAGCUAAAAAAAAGCGAUAAUUUCAUUCUAUUUUAAGCAUUUUAAGAUAAGACAUUUGAUGCUAGGAAUUAAAAUGAUUUGAAAAGAUAAAAAAAAAUAAAAUUGAAAAUACAGGUAAAAUCAUUUGAGGAGGAUGUUUAGGAAAACCAUUAAAGUAUUUAUUUUUAAUGCAAAAUUGAGAGAGAUUAGAAUGUUGAAUGAAUAAAAUGAAAAUUCUCUAAAAAACUUUUAAGGAACAAAACUGUGUGUUUGCACCUCUGAAGAUUCACCUUUUCCCGCGCAUUUUCUCAGAGAAUAAAAUAAUAUAUAAAAUAAAUUAAUAUUUAAACCAUUUCUAUGCAAUAAUCUCAAAAUAUGCAUUUAAAAAAAUUCAGCUAAAGAAACUUUAAAAAAAAAAUAUUUUGUCUUCUGAUUGAAGUUUGAAAAAAAAAAAAUUUCCAGCAUAAACAAACACAGUAUUUGUGCCAAAAAUAUUAAGCAGCAAGAUAGCUAAAAAAAAAGUGUUAAUUUAUCAUUUUGUAAAUUGAUGAGUGAUGAAUUAAUGAUAGUAAUGGCGAUAAUAUGUAGAUGAGAGUGUGAGAGAAAGAAUAAAAGUUAAUUAUGUUAAUUUAUAA